GGAAAGAUAUUGCAAUCGACACCAAAGUUUAUUUCAUCUUCCGCACAAGCCAAUUCCCAAUCUAAAUGUUUCAUAAAUACGAGUUUCAUCGCGUAUAACACGCGUCACAUCCGGUCGAAAACAAAAGGCAUUCGCAGUUUCUCGUUUCGCGUUUGUUUUGACACACGGCCAAGGUGAUACCACUUUUUCUUUGUUUUGUACCGAAAGAGACGUGCAGUUACACAAUCGCGUUAUGUAUUUAUCAUGUUCCACGAAGUGGAUACAAUCGUGAAAAAAGACGAAUGAAUAAAGUUUUUCUAGCUUAAGGGACAUGUUAACGACAAACUGGCAUACCGCCAAAGUCUAAAAGUGCUCGCGGCGACACAGUCGUGUUGUGACACAUUGUAAACAUCAAUAAGCCAGGAAGACGUGAAAUUGCUCGACGGAAGGGAGAGGAGAGCUCGCUUUAGGAAAAUGAGACUCGACGAGUUUCGCGGUUGCAACCGUCGUCCGAAAAUAACCAUGCCACCGUGUGAUUGCAACGAAAAUGCUCGAAAACGUGAAGUGCACCGCCGGCGUCCGAUGUGAACACGUUUUCUAGGUUAUAAACAAAGUGCAACGGUAUAUUUUCUCUACGCGCGCGCGCCAACUUGUGUUGCGCAUUCGACUAACGCGUUUUAGUUACAGAAUCAGAUUGAAUCGAAUCGACAUUCGAUUAGCUAACGGUCAUUCGCAUGACUUGCAGCCGGGCAGCACCUCGACAUGAAGCAAGAAUCGGAGAAGCAACCAUUGUCGUCACCGUUGAACAACACGUCGCAAGUGAUGUUCCCUGGAAUGGGUAACACAUCGCCAGGUUUAUCUAUACUCACACCUCAGCAAUUGAUAGCUGCAAGUAGAACAGCAGCUCUGAUGGCUGCAGGGAUUCCCGUGUCGUUGCACGCGACAUUAGCCUCCAGCCCGUCUCUGUACGGACACCACCAGACUUUAUUCAGUGGCUGGGCUCCACCCACUGCAUCCUCACCUCCGUCACCGCUUCACCACUCACCAGGAUCUGUAUCACCCGCGUUGAGCAGUAAAUCUACGUCCAAACGCGCCAAUAAUGGCGUCACAAAUAACAAUAACAAUAUUAACAGCGUAGUAACUAGUAGUGGUGAUAAAAUCACGAAGAGAGGUCAGACGACCAAGAGGAAAUCGCAAAAGUCGAAAGUGGAUACUGUACAGCAACCGUUAGAGGGCUCAGCGCCUUUAAGCCCACCAAGCUCAAUCAGUCCCGAAGCGGGCAAGGACGGAAGGGACAAGGUGUUCACCUGUGGAGUGUGCUCCAGAUCGUUUGGCUAUAAGCACGUGCUGCAAAACCACGAACGCACCCACACCGGUGAGAAACCUUUCGAGUGUCCGGAAUGUCACAAAAGAUUCACGCGGGACCAUCAUCUAAAGACCCACAUGCGACUUCACACGGGCGAGAAGCCUUACCACUGCAGCCACUGUGAUCGCCAAUUCGUCCAAGUAGCCAACCUGCGUCGCCACUUGCGCGUGCACACUGGUGAACGUCCAUACGCGUGCGAGUUAUGUUCAGCCAAGUUCAGUGACUCAAAUCAACUGAAAGCUCAUCUACUGAUCCACAAGGGCGAGAAACCGUUCGAAUGCGAACACUGUCAGAUGCGAUUCCGACGAAGGCACCACCUGAUACAUCACAAGUGUGGCACCAGUAUCAACUCUGGACAAGUAACGAGGACACAGGUUGCCUCUCCGUCCUUGGCAAGCGACGAUUUAGAUGAGGAUAUCGACAUUGAUAUCGACGUAGAAGUAGAGGAAGCCGAAGCAUCAUCAUUGGCCAGCAGAAAAACAAGUGCUUCAGUUAGGCCUGUGCAGCAGUUAAGUAAUCAAUUAGCAAGUCCUGUCAUCGGCAAUUCUAUGCCCAUACCACUGAAUUUAGCUGAUAUUCCUGUGGAUCUACCAGAGCAAACAGAACCAGAAGACUUAUCUAUGUCAACCGGUAUGCAGUCUCAGUGCAGACCACAUUCUCAGUCAAAUAGCAUCAGUGACUCGCCAUUAAGUCGUAGUCCAAGCAGCGACACCAUACACGGAGAGGAGGAGGAUGAUAUCGAUAUGAUGUCAGAAACGUCCAGCUCGAAUGCUGUUUUCGGUCAAAAUCACCACAACAAAUAUACGCACUUCGCAUCCCUUGGAAACACUGCCGCGGCUAAUGUCGGCCACGCGUCCUAGUGGAGUCUUUAGGGGUACGUAGACAUAAUACUUGUAGAAAAGCCAUCCUGUACUUUAUCUCGGUUCGACGCUUCUACCCAAGGAAAAACGCUACUCCAAGGUUUUUAGGGUGGGCAAAGGAAAAGAAAUAAGGGGAGAAAGAAAUAGAAAGAGAUCGUCAGAAGGGAGAAAAAUGGAGUUUCUCGUUUAUAUUGGAUAGUAAGGCGAAUCGAGUCCCGACAGGCUCACGAAUCGAAUUGAAUCCUCACACUGAAUCCUCCACGCACCGGUUCACAGUCACUAUUGUUAAGAUGCUUUUUAUAGAUAUAUAUAUUAUAUUAUUAUAGAUGAUUAUUAAUUAUUACUGUACCUAUACGAGGCAAGGGGGGAGUGAAAGAUAGAUGUCGAGUAGCGUAUUGGCAGAUCUACGAGUAUCCUCUGCGUAAAACGUGUAAUUUAUACACAAUGGAACAAACAUUCAGGGACGUGAAUCUUUUUGGCAAUGAAAAAAAGAAGAAAAUUGAUCGAUAUUAUAGAUACGAGAGGAAAAGCGGCCAGGAUUUUCUUUUCUCAGCUGUUGGUUUAUUUCCUUCGUGUACAUAAUUACGCGACAACAAAGAAACUGAGAAAUAAUUGUGUAUUUAGUUGGUCGCUGUAGUUUCGCGUGUUUCGUUUUUCGAUGAAAGCCGCGAUAAUGAGUUUAGAUAGAUAUUAAUAUUAGUUAGAUAGUAAUAAAGAUAUGAGAGGCAGACGCAAGCUAUAUACAGUUUGCAAGUACAUGUCUCCGUUCGUGUAAAUGUGAGCGUGAUUGUGUUCGACACAUAUGUACAUAUGUGCACGUGUAAAUGAUUGGAGAGAGAAUCGAAAAAUAAAACUAGAAAUUACGGAAUGAAUGUACUGGUAUACAAGUUCCUCUGACAGUAAAAGUAGCGGGGGGGAGUGACAUCGGUUCGUUGGUCCUCUGUCGCUUUCGCACUUCACUGAUUUGUCAAGCUGUCGACACCAUUGUUCUUUUUUUUUAAUUCUUUUAUAUUUCUCAGCAUUCUUUGUCGAUUUUCAAUUUCUCGUCUUCCUUCCGUUAUUUUUUUUUUUUUUUAUGAGAAAUGUAACUUUAUGCAAUGUAUAAGACGUUUUUACAAUGCCCUUUUUAAGUUAAUUUUGUCUGUAACUGUACCACACAAGUAAGUUAUCUGAAGUACAUGUACGCGUGUAACUGAGAUCAUAACUGUUAGAACUACUCAUACUUUCCGACUGUAUCAGCAUGACUUUUUGUUACGUAACACCGAGAACGAGCUCGAGAUGUCUUCUACUGUUUCUGAUUUGCACCCUCAAACGUAUACCUCUAGCAUCAUGCCUUUCGCUAACGAAAUACUUUAUUUCAUAUUAAAGUAAGAGAAUUGUGACACAAAAGAUUGACUUCGAUAUAUUUAAAUAUUACACUAUCAUUGCAUUUAAAUAUUAAAACACAUUUAACGCUAGAGUUUUAUUAAAAUUCAUGGAAUAUCAAUCGCUACCUUCACAAGCUUUAUAUCUACAUACACUUCUCCGAUUCCCAACUAACAAUCGAGAAAAUAGCCACAAAUUUUCGCACUAUACGGCGAAUUAAAAGUCAUAGUAAUGUAAGUUAAGAUUUCGAGAAUUUGAAUUUAAUUUCUUAAAAAUCUUCCAAUUAAGUCUUUGGAUUUCUAUCCUUAAGAGUCAUCCGUCUCGCUUCACAAUAAAUUAAAUUAAUAUAUGCUUUCAUAACUUAGAAAGAUGCAUUGAAUUUUCAGUGACAAUAAAUAGCAAAACACUAUUUUAUGGAAUAUAGCAGAAAUCACUCUACGUAUUCUUCUAUACGCGAAUAUACACAUCAGAAUUCAAAAAUCAUCUCGCAAGAGCGAAGAAUCAAAAAACCCGAAUCACCCUUGAUUUACAUACGCCUUCGCAAAAAAUUCAACCCGUAAGACGAUCUUCCGGCGUGAUUUCGAUUCGCAUUAAUCCUUACAAUGAUCGAAGCCUGCGAGUGGAUCCUUGAACGAGAAUCCUUCGUUUCACGAAGGAUACGUGUUCUCUGUUCAUUCUCGUUGUACAAUCAGGGACCAUCUUUUCUUCUCCGAUUUCCAUCUUUUUUUCUAACAGGCAGCCGGUUGCUUGAAGGAGAACGAUCUUUUGUUGCUUAGACUACGGCGGCCGUCUGUUUCGCGCGAACCAGUUUUCGCAAUGAUACACACAGCCGCGUGCCGAAAAUUCGCAGCCGGUGGUCGUCUUCGAAACGAGAUAAAGCAUCCCUCCAUCCGUCGUCGACUUUCUAGCGGAUAGCCUGUGCCAACUUUGCCUCAAUGGUCCUCUGAUUUAUGUUCACCGGUCAGCAUGCAAAUUUCAUCGGCGUGGUUCGAGGCCAUUUCGACUCAUUGUUCCAUGGGUCAGUCCUAGGACUCUUUUUGGGGACGCGAGAAGUGGUCGUGGUAACAUCUUUCAUCCUCCUUCUUCCGGGUCUAACUGGGCCCCAUUUCUUGUUUCUGAAAUUGUAACGCCGAAGCCAAGCGUAAUAUAACACGAUGUACUUUGUAUACCGUUCGGUUUUUCGAUGACAUAAAAGGACAAGAGAAGUAGGUACCCUCGUCUGCAUUUCCUGCAAGUGUCGCACGAAACAUUCCCGAGCACACAAAUUGCCCUCGUUUCGCUUCCGUUCCAUUCGUACGACCAUUUCGUAAGAGAAGGAACGAAAGAACAAUUUCUUCACUGGAUGCUCGACUCUGUUUCGUUUAGGUCUUCGUUAAAUCUCGCGUUCACAUCAUUUUGUGUUAGAUAUCUCGUAAUUCAAAAUUAGCUUUUCGAUGAAUAAUGUUAAUAGGGUUUUUUGAGCAAAUGAAUUAUUUUGAUCUAAAAAUACCAAAAUUUUCUUUCACUUCUCCUAAGGAUAUAGACUAAGAUGUAGAUUCUCUACGGAUCUAGAGAAUCGUCUUUUAAACCGAUACUUUUUCCUUCUUUUUCAUAAAAAAAAGUUUGAAUCAUUGAAGAUAGCGUUUGAAGAUAAUUUAAUAUUAAGAAUGAGAUUUUGCUUGAUAAUUCUACUAAGAGAUAAAACUUACUGGUACAUAUGUUUUUGAAAAUGUGUCUUUAAUUUAAACUUUGAAUUGAACCGAUUUUAUAUCUAUAUUUUAAAAUCAUAAUUAUCAACGAGACACGAUAAUCGACGAUCGAAGCACAAAGCAAACGUAAACAGUUAACUGACGUAGAAGAAAUAAGUUUGGAAAUUAAUCGGUGGGCUUUCUCUUUUCGAAAGUGAAAAUAUAGUUGGGGUCGUACCGGGGAAACAGAAUCCAUAGCCGUUGCGUUACACUUUCGCCACAUUCUUUCCCAAAGGUCCCGACUCAUCCGCACUUCUCACUCGUUAUUCACGUUCCAAGCUUUCGAGGAGCAUUUUCCAGCCCACUUGCCUCUUCCUCCCUCUUUGAGACCGCGCGUUUUCGCCCUUUUAUACACGUGUUACGAAGCAUCUCUCGAGCUCUUUCCAGCAAAACAUUUUGAUCGCUCAUUACACUGCUUCUACGUACCAAAAAUUUCCUUUCCUUUGGAAAUUUAAAAAAAAACUCACGGCUUACACUACAGUGUGUAGGAGAAUGUAUAUGUAACGUAAGAACUUUCAAAUCAUUCAUUGUUUAUUUUUUAUUUUGCAUUGUAGUUCUAAGAUUAUUACGACACAUGUGAUACAAAUUACGGUCGAGAGCAGACCGACACGAUACUUUUCAUAUGCAUUUUUUAAUAAAUGGUACUAUACAACACAUUUCAUGGAUUUAUGUUUUUACCAUCAAUGUAUAAUUACACUUGUUUGAACUGCACAGAAAACAACCAAAUAUCUUACUGAACAAUUCGAUAAGAAAUAAGGAUGUUAAGUGUUCAAUGGGACACAAAGUUCUUAAGUAAUUUCAUUUUUCUAAUGCUCUGUAAACGCAUCAGGUCGACGUCGCUAACAAGUUAUAAAAAUGUCAUCUUUAAAUUACCUUCCUUUAAAUUUCAAUUUUUAUUCGAAUAAGACGAUUAUCCUAAAAGCUAAUAUUUCAGAAUUUGUCACACUUUUGAAAAGCGUAAGUGAAAUCGAUACAUGUAUCCGAACAAUGAAAUUUAGAAAUUUCCAAAAAGGUCGAGUUAGUACCACUGCUACAAUCUGUUAAUUCUAUCAUGCUGUAUUUGUUUAUAUAUCGUUUCUAAUGAAAUAGAAUAUUCCAUUUAUUUUGAAUAAAAGAUAUUUUUCUUCUCCGUUUGUUCGUCCAUUAGUUCGUCUUUAAAUAGACGUCAAUUAAUUUUAACAUCGACAGCCAUUCGAGUAACAGCGACAGAGGUCAGUAAGCUCCGGCCUCGUACCCCGGAGAAAAGCAAAAACCACCCCGAAUCCCAGGUGUAUUGUAUAUUUAGAGAGACCCAACUUCAAAAUAAAGCGAUAUACAAGAUAAAAGAAUAUUAUAAACUGCGGUUUUUCUUGUAAUAUGCGAGCGUACCGUUAAUCCUUUAAUUCGCUUUUCGACAUAUAACAAUUCGAUAUAUAACAAUUAAACUACGAAUUUUUAUAACGUACAAGGGUAUAAAUAUUGUUUAGAAUAUUUAAAAUUUACAAUGAUUUUCUCCUAUUUAAUUUUCAUUUUUACAGCUCUCUUCAUAAAAGUAUAAAUUCGCAUGAAAGUUCGCAGCCUAGUAAUAAUAAUCUAUGGAUGAAGGACCAAUAUCGUUGUCAUUGAAAAUCAACGUGAGCUUUUAACUUAAUCAAACUAAUUACCGAAUCGUAUAGCAGUUCGAAAGGCGAAUAUAAAAGUAGAAUAUCGUUGCAUAUAAAGAUUUAUGCUUGCAACAGUGACUUGUGAUGAUAAUAGUUACAAAAAUAGUUUGUAUUAUAACUUGUUUUUGUUAAUGUGUUUUCUGGUAUGAGAUGGUUCAUUCUCUAUUAAUAGAGAAGGUAAAAAGGAAAAAUAAAAAUGUAAAAUAAUUCUUGGCUAAGAAUUCUCUCAUAUAUUGAAUUCUUUAAUUUCUUAUUAUGAGUCUAUUUCUAGAAAAUAAUCUAAAACUGGAUUAAUUUAGUAUCAUUGAGAAUUUGCAUUUUAAUAAGAUCGUUUUUAAGUUAUACAUUAAUCAUAUGAUAUAUGAUAAAGGUUAAUAUAAAAAUUGAAACAUUUCUUAGGAAACCUUUACAAUCACUAAAAUAGCUAUUUUAGUGAAAUCAUCUACACCACCUGCACACUAUUGAUCGUGUUAAAAUAAACGUAUACUAAACAUAGAUUCCAUUAAACUACGCAGUACCGCAAUAAUAUCAUGUUCCUCGUUUGAUUGCCAUUUGUUUUUUCUAUAAUUAUGUGCCAUUGAGUAGAUUAUAUAUGCGCAAAAGAUAAAUAGUCUUUCGGUAGUUAAAGCUAAGAGCACGGUACGCUCGUCAAUUUUGUUUUGCACGACAUCGAUCAGUUGUUUGAAAGAUCGAAUUUUAAAUGGAAGUUUAAUAACGUAACGAGAGGCGAACUACGCUCUAUCCUAGUUUUAUAUACGUCAUUCUGUAGAAUUUACGUCGUCGAAUAGAUAAAAUCCACGAAGCAAAUGGCGAAAAAUGGAUACUAUAAGAGGAAAGGGGAAACAGGAAAAGGAAUAAAGUAAAAUCGUAUGAUUCGUUCUUUUUUUUUCUUCUUGCCAGUCAAUUUCCAUUCGUGGACGAUACAUUCUACCCGACGACGAUUUCUGAAACACGGUACCUUGAAAGAGAUCGAUUCCUAGUUAAUGGUUGUUAGUUCCGAAUUGAUACUGGUGAAAUUACGUUCCUGUCGGCCCGCUAUAUAUCGGUUCAUAUAUACGGGCCAAUUGUUUUCUAUGUUUCUUUGUAAACAGACCAGAAUCACUGAAAAUAAUAGCCGAAGAUUAGACGAAAAGAAUUAAUGGAUUAAAGAUAAAAACGGAAGUCUCGCGUCGAGUACCUAUUUGUAUUUAAAGAAAAAAAUAGAAUUAUCGCUUGUCCUACCUACUGUCGUAAUAAUCAUUAUCGUUGUUGUCCUUUUAAUCUUAAUGUACAAGGGAAAAAAGAACGUACGUAUACAUAUGAUUACUAUAUGUUUGUGUCAUACUAUAACACUAUAUCGAAUACAAUGUGUAUCGCAAAGAAAAAGUUCGGGAAUCGCGAGUUAGCGGAAGUGAAACUCGAAUACAAUGUACAUUAAUACGAGAAAUCAUACGAUAUUUAUCACAGACUAUAAGCUAAUCUGUAUAAUAUAAUCUGUAUUAGCGAUCACGUAUAUCAUUAUCGAUUUAUCUCCUAAACGCGUAGUAAUAUCUGUACGAUAUGACAAACGAAAAAAUUUAAUAUUUAUUACUCGAUUGAACAAGUCGAAGGGAAACGUAUUCGAGUCUGCGUCUGUCACUUCCGAUCGCUCGAAUACUCGAUUAAACAUUAUGUACCUAUGGUGUAUACUUCUCUGUAUCUAUGUAACUAGAAUUAUACGUAUAUAGUUAUAAUUUUGUACAGUCAACGCAGACGCUAAUCACGUAUGCACGAGCCGGUCGAUCGUUCGCGCGCAAAUUCAAAUACGGUUAAUCUCGAUGUUCGUUAUUGCGGGUUGUUUAUUCUCUAUGGUGACCAAACGAACGUGAGUAUCGUCUCUAUACUUUCACCAUGUGAAAAUGCUUCGAACACGCGCGCGCGCGCGAACGUCGCCAUACACACGGUACAAAUACAAAUUUUAUGCCUAUAAACUACUACUAUAAACGUUGAUUAACAGUGUUCCGCAGUAUUUACGGAUAGACGAUAUUCUCGCUACUCUAAUUAAACGAAGGCUACUUGAGAUUGGGCGCCAGAUACACGUAUACUGUUCGAAAUGUCGAUCGCUGUGCACGUUUCUUAUGGACAUUCUUUGAUUUUUCAUACGUCGAAAGAUGACAAACUCUUCGAAUCUGAUAUUGUUAAGUUACAGAUAAAUGUAAUAGCUGAGAUUUAGUUUCUGAUCUAUUUUCUAUUUGUACUAUGUCGCACGUGGUGAAUAUCAAUGAGAAUCAUUAGGUAAAUUGGUUUGGUGUCUUUAGAUGUAUCAGUAUCUCGUAGAUAACUAUUCUUUUGUUUUAUGACAAUUUUAGAAAAAUACUACCUGUAACUUCGUUUGAACGAACUUCGUUGAACUUUAUACAAUGAUUGUAACAAUGUAGUUCUAACAGAUGACAUCUAAAUCUAUAUUGGAAUUUUUGUUCGAUAAGUCACUGGAUUAACUUACGUAUGUAAUAUAUACUCAAAGAACAAGUAACUCAAUCCAAACUAUUGUAAAGUUUACCUAACGAUACCAGCUUUAAAGUUAACAUUGUCCGCAGGCGUGUAUCCAAGGCAUACAAAGUUUCUCAAUGACAGCAAACAGUCUGCAGCCACCGUUCAUAAACAUCCUAUACAAGUUACUAUAUCCUGUGUUGUAUAUUCUAACGUCUUUCAAUUACUGUUAUAUUUACAACAUUUCCUAAUGUUUUCUAUUUUAUAUCAUAUUCGUUACGUCAUUACACGAUGUAAUGUUAUUAUUGACGUACAAUAAUUCGUAGACAUUUUACAGUGAUGACACUGUGCAAUUGGAUUAUUUCUUAUUUUUAGUAUUAGAAUCAUACAAUAGCAUGUAUGCAUUACAUCAAUAUACGCGCGUGUGUGUGUGUGUGUGUGUGCGUGGGUGGAAAUUGAAAGCUGUCGAACCACAUAAUCUCGUUGCAAAAUUACGAUAUUUUGUCAUUUAUGUGCAUGAAACUUUGCAGAGAUUUACUAACUCGAUUUAUCAACCGUUUGUUAUAAAGAUUUUCUGUAAUAGAAAUUUUGCACGCGUAAACACAUGCCUGCAAACAAUGUUUGUAUAUCUGUACAGGUCAUUGGAUAGAAGCGAGAAGAAGAUAGAAUUUGUUCGUUAAGAGACAUGUCGUGUACGAUCGAUCGAAGAUUUCUUUUCUAAAAAAAAAAAUAAAAAAAAUAAAAAAAAUAGAAAAGCAAAAACACAUGGCGUAUCGGCGAAUCAAGUGGCACUCGAUGUAUACUAUGAAACUGACACUACCUCACCAGACACCUAAUAUAUCUGAACCACAAGACUGAUUUUUAAUAGUAUUCCUAAAUAGAUAAGGAAAGAGGGAAAAAAAGAGAAACUAAAGUGAAAAGAAGAAGUAAAAUAAAGAAAGAGGAAAGAAGAAACGGGGUAUUAUAAAGAAAGAUAUUACGCGUACAAAUACGAAUAGACCGUUUUUUAAGUAAUAUAAUUAAUCAUAGUAUUCUACCCGUAGUUAUUAUUAUUAAACAUUAUUAAUUAUUAUUAAUUAUUGUCAUCGUCAUGAUCAUACCGCGCUAUUUCGCUGUCGAUCGUCGAAUUCCUACCUUGGAAAUAGGAAAACGAAAAAUGAAACAGAAAAACAGAUUCUUUGUAUUAUAAUGGCGUUUACUUGUAAUUUUAUCGAUCCUACCAAAUCACACAAAUCCCCUCUUUAACUCUCACCAAAAGUCUAUGCCGGAUUUCUCGCGAAUCAUACCGCAAACCACCGCCACUCAUUGUAAUGAAUGUUCCCAUCGAGUUGACGUCUGUCAAAAUAUUUUUAUUAUUAAAAACUCACUGUUUAAUCGUU